AAGUGCACACAUGCAAUCUUUCCUAUGCAAAUAUACAAUAAUAUUAACAUUAAUUAUAACUUUAGACUGGUACCAAAAACCCAGAUAGAUUCUAAAUUAUCAAUAGGCACAAUUUCAUUACAAUUCAUGUUUAUAAAUAAAUGCUUAUGUAUAAUUUUAUGUUCUAUCUACUAAGUACAUACAAUAUACAUGGGCAUAAAUAUAUUGCUUAUACAUUUUUACAAUACUAUAUCAAUUGAACAAUAGUAUAUUAACCUAGCUGCACCCUAAACUGUAUUGAAUAACAAGCAUUAUCUACAACAUACACACUGGGACUGAACUAUUGUUAUCAUGACUCAUGUAGGUGUGGGUGUGUCACACAUUCAUUGCAAUACCACUUGCCGUGUGCAUGUGUAGGUAUGCUGUGUUAACAAUUGCUAUGAGUGUAUUUGAUUCCUGUGGCCAUGCAACACCCACUAGUAAUUGUAGACUGUGGUCACAUGCAGAAUAUAAAACUGAUGUUCCAAUUCACUGUGUGAAUUUUAAUGCAUUUUAUACUGUAUGUAUACAUUGCAGGUUGUAACAGCAUACAGAAUAUUUAUCACAACAACAAAAGUACCAACCAGAAUCGACAAUGGAUUUCACCUGAUGGAAAUUGAAGCCCUUGAGAGUAAAAAGGCCAAUCACCUGUCAAUAACACUGAUCCACGAACACAAGCCAGUGUCCAUUCUAAUUGGAGAGGAAGGAACAACAGAUGGUGUAAUGAAUGCUAUUCACGCAUUCGCAGCAGCCUUUGAUGAUCUAUUUCCUAAUGUACCAAUGGAAGAUAUUAUUAGCAAGGUCAACUUGCCGUUUGAGCUGCCGUCUGUUUGCGGCACUAGGAAGCAUUCAACUUGCGGGGACUUCUCUAAUCAGUAUGCGGCUAUGUGCGAUCUCUGCCAAACGCCGUUCAGGGCGGAGGUUGCGUGGGACAUCGACACAAUAUAUCUGGCGCACGACAUUAGAUCACUACACUUGAAAGACUUUGAUCAUUUAGAACAAAGAGAUCUAAUCCCGCUGCUGAUCGCGUUACAACACAACACGUGGUUCACGGGGAUCUGCGGCGACGGCGUGCGCGUCGGCGGCGAAGCGUGGGAGGCCGUCGCCAGGGUCAUCAGAUGCGCGGCGCCGCCCCACCAGAAGCUGAGCUGGCGCGGCGCGUCGCUGCGCGCGGACCACGCGGCGCGGCUCGGCCACGCGCUGUGCCGCGCGCGCCGCCCGCCCGCCAUGCACUCGCUCGACCUGUCGCAGAACCACGUCGAGGACAAGGGUGCAAUAAGCAUACUCUCCGGUCUAGCGCAAAACCCGGACGGGCUUCGUUCCAUCUCGCUCUCGCAGUGCGGAGUGACAGGGAAGACGGUAUCGCACCUCGCGACCAUCCUCAACGACAACGUGUGCCAUCUGAGCACGCUGUCUCAUCUCGACCUCUCGCACAAUAAUCUUAAGGACGAUGUACAUACUCUGUAUAAUUUUUUGGCGCAGCCGAAUGUAUUGACGCAUUUAAACUUGACGAAUACUGAAACUACUUUAGAAAACAUGUGGGGAGCCCUACUCCGCGGCUGCGCGGCGCGUCUCUCGGAACUGUCCCUCGGGCGCAACCCGUGGUCUCUCUCGCGCCGGCCCAAGGACCCGCCGCAAGCCUUCCGACAGUUCUUCACGGCUUGUUUAGCCUUGAGCAGCUUGGACUUGUCGUACUGUAAGAUGCCGCCGGACGCUUUGAAGAGCCUGCUCCUCGGCCUCGCCUGCAACGAGAGCGCGGGCGGCGUGCGGCUGAGCCUGGCCGGCGUGCUGGCGUCGGCGCAGGCCGCGCACGUGCUGGAGUCGUGCGUGCACGGCGUGCGCUGCCUCACCACGCUCGACCUCAGCGACAACAACAUGGAAUACGAGCUCUCAGGCAUAAUCCGCGCGAUCGGCAAGAACCAGUCCAUCACUGGCCUGUCGCUGUCUCGACUCACGGGCAAGAGGUCCUUCGCCGCGCCGCUAGUGCAGGCGUUAGUGCAUACACUGCAGGAACCUGAUUCAGCAUUGACGGACUUAAAUCUUAGUGACUGUAAACUUAAGGGCGACCUCUACGGGCUACUAAACGCGUUAGGCGGCGCGCGGCGCCUGCGCACGCUAGACGUGAGCGGCAACCUGGCGGGCGACGCCGGCGCGCGGCUGCUAGCUAAAGCACUGCAGUGUAAUUGUACGCUGCAGACGCUGUAUAUAGACAGGAACGCGUUUAGUUUGCAAGGUCUGACGGACAUAGCGACGGCGCUGCGUCGCUCGGUGUCGGUGCGGCGCGUGGAGUUCCCCGGCUGCGACGCGGCGGGCGGCGGCCGCGGCGCCAGCGAGCGCGUGGCGGCGCUGUGGCGCGACCUGCACGAGAGACUAGCAAGCAACGCGGCGCCCUCUCACUCGCACCGGCUGCGCGCGCUCGCCCUAGAGCGGGCUUGGGCGGGCGGCGACGCGUCGGCGGCCAUCGCGGCGUGCGCGGCCGCCGCUCUGCCGCCGCCCGCCCUGCCCGCCGCCACCGAGCGCGCCGCCGCCGCCGCGCACCAGAUACUGCACCAGUAUUUACAGCGCUGCAGCGAAGUGUUCGCGGCGAUGGGCGGCAACGCGCACGGCGGCGAGCUGGUGACGCUGCAGGCGGUGCGCGACGCGCUGCAGCCGUGCGCCUGCGCGCUGCAGGACCUGCUCAACGAGGCGGUGGAGCAGCUGGCGCUGUGGGCGUGCGAGGGCGUGGACUGCGCGGACAGCGAGCCGCGCCGCGCGGGCGCCAUGCCGGACCUGCUGGCGGCGCGCGAGCACGCGGGGAAAUUGGAUUAUUUGAACUUGGCGACGCCGCUAGGGGGCCGCAGACGCGAGCGCGGCGGCCGAAGGGUUAGGCCGAAGUCCGUGGCCGAACAGCAGUGCAGUAGCAACGAGAUGCUAUCUCUGCCGCCACUGUUGGCCGAAGCGGCCGACGCGCUAGCCGAAUUACCUGCUCACACUCUGCAACAUCUUGUCAAAGGUCGCCCAAGACGCGUAAAAACGAGAGCUCCGACGCGGCCUAUAACUGACCAAUGUCAAGACAUCGAUGAAGGUCUGGAAGAGUUCUGGCGCUGCCGCUCGCCGCCGUCGGAGCGCGCGUCACUAUCAUCUCGCACGCCGCUCACCUCGCGCUCGCUGCACUCCCUGUCCUCUCUACACUCGCCCACGCUGCAGGACGACACCAUGUACAGUGGGACAUCGGGUGAAAGCACGCCAGUCUUGCAGUUGGAGCCAGAAGUUUCUCGGUGCAAGUCGACGGACAACGUUGGCACGAAGGCGAAUGCCUCCACGCCGCCGCCGUCGCGCUCUUCAGACAACGUCAACACUAUGGGGAACGGCUCGCGCACGCCGGGCAAGGCGCGGCCCUGGUCCGUGGCCGGCGUCAACGCGGAGCCCGCCGCCGCUUGCACCACAGAGGGCGUGGAGGCGUGCGUGGGCGGCUCCAUCGUUGGCAUCACGCCCGGCGCCGCGCUAACCAGCUCAAUGCUACGAGAUCAUCCUUUAACUCCAGAGAGUAGUGAGACCUAAGCCGAGGCCAAGCCGAGGCGGUUGCGGGCGGCGCGAGGAACGCGACAGUCACGUGAUAGCGGAGCAGGGUUCAAUGUCCACAGUAACACUGAAUUUAUUGUAAAGGUCCGUACGCACUCGACCUGUACCGAACAUUACUUGAUCGAGCCUUUGUGAUUGUGAAAUUUAUGGAUAAAAUGCGAGCUACUUCAAAAGGCUAGAGCACGAAGCUAUACAAAUUUACCUAAUUAUGUAUUUAGGAACUAGUAGACUCGGUCAAGGAAGGUUAAGCGUCAAGAUUGGGCUCUCCGUCGCCAUCACACACCUUCCUAAAUUCAGUUUGUAGAUGAUGAUGAGCGUGCGUGAAUAAGAUAAUAAAAAUUUAAAGUCCGAAUUACUUUAGGAAGGUGUGAAAUAAGCCCAAUGUGCGUACAUACCUUUACUCACAUGCUCAUCAUUGUGCCACAGUUAGAGAUCUUUUUGAUAAACGUAAUUUAAAUUACCAACUUGCAGCCAUUUUAGUUUUGCCAGUAUGUAGUCGAUAAGCGUACAGUUACAAAUACAUAGUAUGAAUCGAAUAGAAGGAUGGUAAGCAACAGAGUAGUUUGCGGAUGUGACAUGGCCACAACUUGCAUAUUUCGAAUCUAAAAGCCUAACAAUUUUAUUGUAGUUAGCGUUAAAAUAAAUUAGCUCAUCUAUUAAGAUAUUGUUAAAAUGAUAACAUUCUCUGCAUUUGAAACUAUUUGUACAGUUUAAGAGCACGCGCAAACUAAACUUUGCCUACAAUGUGUGAACGGCCACACGUGCCUAGAAUCAAAGUAUAUUUUAUUUUAAGAUUUAUUUAAAAAUAUUUAACCACAUUAUAAUAGACAUGUCAAAUUCUUUAUUUAUCUUUACUGUGAUUCAGUUAGUAUUAUAAUUUUGUUUUGUAUCAAUGUAGUCACCAUAAUUAUGUUAGCAUGCAUAAUUAAAUUAAACUUAGAUUUUAUGAGUUCGUUAAAGACAAACAUUAUGUAUGUAUUCCAAAAUUGAGACAACCGUUGGUCUUUCCUAGUCAUUGAUAAAGGCCUAUUACAUAAAACGCACAAUUAAUUUCAAGUUAUGAUGAGGUACUUCCAUUGGUUUCUUAAUAAUAUUCUUACAAAUAAAAUAUAGUGGAAAGAUAUCUUCCAAUCUUACUAUCAUUCCUUUGAAUAAAUAAAUAGUAGGAUUCGAGUAUUUUAAAAAUAUGAACAAGUGUGAUUUUAACAAUGAAGUUCAAACAUGAAGUGGUUUUGUAGAUUAGUGAUUUCCAGAGUGAUCUAAUGGUUCAAUUUUACGAUAAUUAUGAUGAAGUAGAACGAAAAGAACUCACUGCGUAUGUUAAGUGUUCAUUAGAGUUAAUAUACUGCCGAGAAAUUCGUUAAGCCGGUCUUUUUCUGAACUAUCUGAUAUAGAUUUGUGUUGUAUAGUAUAUUGCUAAAUUAUUUCAAUGUAUUUUUAUAUUCCAUUCCAUUAAGUUACGUACCUAUAUGUUAUGAUUUUAUCUAGCUCUUCGGUACCAGACUGAUUUAAAGGUACUUUUAUUUUAUGGUGCAAUUUAUUGUCUAGAGCGUUGUGAUAAUCUGUUUACAAUUACAUACAUUAUACAGCAAUA